UCUCGUGAAACCGAUAAUUUUUUAAAGCUAGAACAUUUUAUUUGAAGCUGGGCCAACGUUGCGCGCAACUCGUCUUUGGGAUUCAUCCAUUGUUGGGCCUGUGGCCACACGUACCAGUCAAGCAAAUCAUCAUGGGCCGAUGACGCUACAUGGGCUACCCCGCAGCCGCACUGUUGGCCUACCCGAGUUGAACUGGGAUCGUCCCCAUCUCCGCCGCUGCGGCGAGCAGGCAGCGACCGCCGCAGCCAAACACGGCCAGGCCGGGGAGCGGUGGAGGGGAAGUGGAGCACCGGUGCACCGCAUAUGCUCGGGGUUCUUCGCCGCGCAGCCCUCGCCGCAGCGUCGUCGCCGGCGGCGGGCCUCCGACAGUUUCAGCACGCUUACCACAGAAGCAAUAAGAGAUUAUCACCUAUCCGAGACCAAGAAGUUUCAUAUGGUCUUAAGUGGGCUAUUGCUUCAAAAGGUGUCAUUGUGAAAGAUAAGGUCUUCCAUAACUUGGAAACAUCCCAGCUUCAGAAAGGAGGUGCUACGUACCCAGACUGUUUGUCUGGUAUACCACUUCAUGUUAGAGGAGAUGUCAUUGGUGGUGUCCCUGGUGUUUCAAAAGCUCAAUUUGCAAAGCUUCUGAAACUGGUGACAUUUCAUCUUUCAUCCAUCUCAUGUCUAUAUGUUCAAGAUGGCGCCGUUGGUUCCUCGGCAGAAUGUGAUGCAAAGGUUCGAGUCAUUAGUGACAACCCCUCUGCUGUUAUGUUACUGUCCAAUGUCCUUUGGAAAAUACCAGAUCGUGCGAUUUCCCAUGACACAUCCCCUUUGACUAUAUAUGCUACCAGUUCAAUAAGCAGUAACAAUGUCAAGAGUGUUCUUGGUUCUGGAACGCAAUAUGCUAAUGGAUUUGCAGUGGCUGAUAUUGAACGGUCAUCUCUAAUCCUAUGCGGUAAAGCAUUUUCUGAUUCAGCUAUUGUGAAAGAUGCACUUACUGCUAUGACAGCCCCGAUAUUGUCUGCAAGAGGAGGCCUCCCGGUUCCAGGCUGGCUUCUGGGCUUUGGUGGUUCUAUUGUAUUAUUAUUUGCCCCAGUGGAAAUCAUGAUGUCCUGCAUGGAAAUCCACAAUGCUCUAUUGUCCAUUGACUGUGGUGCAGUCAUCUCUUCUAAAGGGUCUACUGUGCUUUUCCCCACAAAGGAAAGAAGGGAGCCAAAAUUGUUUACCAAACCAACUGCAGUAAUUAUUGUAUCAUCUGAUAGCACUGGUGCCAUACCAUCUGUAUCGAAGCUCUCUCCUGGUCAGGCUGCUUACCAUUUCUUGGCUGGAUACCAUAAUGGAAAAUUUGUCCCAGCAUACAGCAGAGCCCCCUCUCCUGCUGACCCACUUGCACUUGCAAGUUCCUUAUUCUCACAUUUGAAAGAAGAUGAUACGCCAGCAUAUCUGAUCAAUGCUAAGCACUCUGGAAAGUACAUUGAUGACAAUGGAUUUAUGAAAUUAUUAAAGUUGGCACUAUCUCACAAUCUUCCCGACAUCAAAACUGAAGACUUUAGAGUUGGGGAACUCAAGGGGAAGUACAGGAACUUUCUAUCCAGCAAGUUUGGCAAAUGUUUUCCCGAGGAAUUCUCUUUCUAGGAGAGAGAUACUCUGAGGUUGCAGUGAACAUGUAUCUUUACUGACAUAGGUUUACAUUUGGAGUUAAGAAGAGUUAGGAAUCCCAUUUUGUCUGAAUUAAAAAACAAUACUCCAUUACCUUACAUCUUCAAGCAUGAAUUGGCUUGUGCACUUCUAUUUCAGUUUCAGAUUAAAAAAAAACUUCUAUUUCAGUCAA